AUGAUGUACCUUGAACUUACAUACCUGGAACAAACGAGAAGAACUCAAAGAUACUUGGUUGAAGCCUUCAAACCACAAUAUCUACCAGAUUGGAAAGUAUGUAAAGGAGUUCAUCAAAUGGCCAAGGAAUUACAUUGUGAUGAUAAUGAUGAAACAAUGACAUAUACGACAUCAAAUAUACUAGCAUUAUAUCCAUCAAUGUUCAGUAAGAAUGAUCAUGAUGACUAUAGUAAUCCUGGUCCUAUUACUGUCACCAUUACUAAACUAUCAGCGAGGCCACAACAAUGUUACAAACC